UUUACCAGUCCARUUUUGAGAAAGUUAUCAAAARAUUUGAUKGACUUUAAUAAAGUUUCCGAGUUCAUAAUGUUCGCAAAGCCAGCAGAAGGCUGUGGCAAGUGGCUCACAACGAAGACUACAAGGAGGAUUGCUCAGUCUUUUAAAAACAGUGGYUCCAAGAAAGUCAAAAAGAAGUCCAGUUUAUUUAAGAACACUUCUAAUCACAUUCGUGGUGCAGUCAUAUCCAGCUCUCCGAUGUCUCAAAGCGAGAUUGAAAUGCUGUCCCGCGUAAAACAGUCUAAAAUGGACCAGUUUUUCAAACCUGCAACAUCCAAUAAUAACAAAAAGAGAGACGGAAAUCCUAUUGACCAGUCGGAGUUAAUAUUGAUAAAUGAAGAUAAAUCUAGUGCAAGGAAAAUCACCUCAAGAAGCCAUCAAACAUUGUCAUCAUUACAAGAAUCGCCAAUAGAGGAAGAUAAUGAAGAAUUUCCUCCAUGGGAUAAUUACUCUUAUCCCUACAUUCAACAGAUUGAAGAUAAUACUAGCUUUCAUGGUAGCAAUAAACAAAUAGACUCAACAGAUGAAGAUGCAAUGCUCCCUUUUGAAUUCCCUUCACAACAUCUUCCUGAAGAUCYGAGAUCAAACUGUAAUAACACAAUUGAUGAACCUAAUAWWGAUGAACCAGUGACAAGCCCAGUAUCAAAGCGGCUAAAAAGCCAWCAUAAAGAUCAAUUUGAUGAUAAUUUCACUGAUUAUAAUUCUGAUAGUUUUGAUUAUUCUCAGUGGGCUAAAGAGCAAACAAAUAAAUCCAAAUCUCUCCAGAAAUCCAUCUUGAUUGACAAUAAGACAUACUCCAAGAAUAGAUCUACUACUAGUAAAAAAGAGCAAAGCGAUGAGACAAUUAAUGAAAGCCUCAGUGACGUWCUUGAGUCGGACUCAGACUUCCAUUUCACAGAGUGGAAAAACAAACAAAAAGAAAAGUGUAAAGAGUUACUGCAUGAAAGAGUCUCGGUGGAUGCAGAGGACUCUUGUGUCAAGGACAACAACGAGAAGCUGCCUAAUGACUUAGACAAUGAAGAAAAUACUUUAACUGAUUCCAAUUUUAGAUUCACUGAGUGGGUUAAUGAUCAGAAGUCCAAGUGUGGUGAUAUUUCCAAGUCCUUUCAUAAUUUGAAAAGUAGAAACUGGAAAGCAAUACCGGAUGAAUCACUAAGUGAAUCUGAGAUCCUUUCUAUUCCAGAAACUGAACUUUUUGAAUUAAAUGAAAAUCAGAGAAAUGAAGUUUUGGUUGAAAAACCAAUGGCUGGGARUUCAAAAAGAAAACUCAAUUCACAAGGAAAAGUCUUCAACAUGAGAGCUUCUUUACAGACCGCUUUUAAAGAUGUGUCAAACAUUUGUUCAAAYGAUAGGAAUCCCUUGAAGUAUGACUUCAUUGAUAAGGCAAUUAAAYCCYAGGACAAGGUCAGCUUGAACACCAUCUCGUCUCAAGAUUCRGAUCCAUUCCAAUACACAGAGUGGAUACAGGAGCAAAAAAACAUUUCAAAAGAAAUUCAAAACAGGCCAGAAAAUUUCAAAUUGGAGAAUGAUGAUYUGUUUUGGAGUAGGCCUYUUGACAAGAAAAAGAAAAUGGAUGAGAAGAAAACAAUCCCAUUAGAAAGCACAUCAACCAUACUUGCUUCAGACACUGAUCAGGACWGCGACACUGAUGGCUCUUUCUUCUCUCAAUGAAAUUUUGUUUA